AUGCGAGAAGAGUUCAGCACUCUCUUCCCUCUGUGUACACACGAACUAGCGCUAUCCACUUGGCCAGGAGCGGAAGCGAGACAAAAACUCACUUUGCAAGAAAAGCUCGCUUACGCCGGGAUUCAUACCCCUGACCUGACCUCCAGAAGGUGUCGAAGAUACCAAGUAGACCACCGGGGCGACCGGAUUCUGUUCGAGUCCCGGCAGAGUUGUCUCCUUCUUCGAAUGUCACCUUCACCAACACUGAGGACCGUGGAAGCAAUCGAACACAUAACACCACUGGUUGGAAUCGUCCACGUGGGGGAUAGGUCCUCCGACGACUUCGCUGCUGAACACGGCGUACGGAUGAUUUGCGAUGAGGUGGUUGCUGUGGAUCAUGUUCGAAGUCAGGCACAACUGGCCAGCGGGGGGAUCCUGCCUUUUUCCAGCCCUCUCCCACCACUAUCACGCGCUGUUGCGGAAUACCCCAGAUGUUGUGUUGCGACGGGAGCAUCGCCUGCUCUUGUAGCACAAGCAACGCCUCGGUACUUUGGGAUUCGGGACACGGAGGUUGUGUGGGCGGUGCGCAACUCCUACAUUGGCAAUACCUUCUUCGACGCAAGCGCUUCGGCGUUCUUCCUCCGGCACAUUUCAACAGAAACAACAUGUUCUAGAUCCGAGCCGUCAGCCAAGACAGGUAUACCCACCGGGGUCUCCGACGAAAAAUCCACCCCGAAAGCCAGCGUUGGGCCCGAUUGGUUGAAGACAUUGGCUACCCAAGAAGGUACAUCUGAAGAGGACCGGAACACGACUUCCCAAAAUCCGCUGCUUGACAUACAGUUUGAGUGCGAGCUUGGUGGAAUUUGCGAGCGUGGAGAAGACAGCAGCGAUCCUUACCCAGUUUCAGCAACGCUAACCAACGGGAGGCGUGUUGAAUGUGACUUUGUUGUCUCAGCUACUGGUGUGCGGCCCAACACUGGCAUAAUCUCGUCUGACUUCAAGGCAAGUGAGGCCAACACUCGUAAGGGGUUCGGGUGGACUUUGGGCGUGCGUGUUCGUCUCGUCUUCGUGUGUCAUGGCGGUUUGUGCGUGGACGAGAUGAUGAGAGUGAUCCGACUUUGGCGGCAAGCGAGAGAUAUGGGAUUGUACGCCGCCAAGUGCAUCACUGGCUCCGUGGAUGAACUGAGCCGUGGGGCCGUUUUCGAGCUCUUCGUACAUGCCACACGUUUUUUUGGCUUCAAGGUGGCUCUUUUGGGGCGAUUCAAUGGUCAAGGCCUAGGCCCCUCCGUCGAAGACCUCAUCAGCAACCACAAGUUACAAGAGGAACCCAGCGGCAUCGAUGUCAAGCAUGUCGUCACCAGCACUCCAGAAUGCCGUCACGAGUCAAUCCACAUCAAACGGGCAACCUCGGAGUCGAUUCAAGUUUUGAUCCGUACCACGCCGGGGGUUGAGUAUGUCAAGGUGGUAUUGGUGGGCGGGCGUAGACUUUCGAGAACUUAAUUCGCAGUGAGACCGACGUU